UGAAAUUUUUCGUUGAGAUGGCCUAAGUACCUCGCUAAUGGCCGACGGUGCAUUUCGCCAGUAAUUGGAGACUGCAAAAGGGCAGUUGGAUCUAGGGUUAGGGUUUCUUAUUUUCGAGUUGAUCUUAGGCUGAUGGCUUCUUCAAUCGAAACAUGUAAAGGGACUGUGGCGUGGUUCGACGUCAGGAGGGGAUUCGGUUUCAUCACGCCGGAGGACGGCGGUGAGAAUCUGUUUGUUCACAAUUCCUCCAUUAAGGCGAUGGGUUACCGCUCGCUUGUUGUGGGCAAUGCCGUCGAAUUUGUCGUAUCCGUGGGUGAUGAUGGCCGCAAAAGGGCCGUCAGCGUCACUGGCCCCGGCGGUGCCUACAUCAAGGGUAGGAGGUAUUUCGGUGGUGCUUGCUACCGUUGUGGCGAGAUAGGUCAUAUGGCGAUGGACUGCGGUAGGCUUGGGCCUUGUUAUACCUGUGGGGUGAUGGGGCAUCUCGCCAGGGAUUGCCCAGCUACGCGGGUAGAGCCCUCUUCCCCAAGACCUAACCUCUUGAAACCCUCAAAUCUGGAUUCAAUCUCGCCCCACUCAUUGCCAAUGGUUUUGCCGUUCGAUUUAUUGAAGGAGGGCAUACGAACUUUAUCAGACCAGUUUUCGGAAAACAGCGACUCUGAAGAAGAAGAAGAAGAUGAUGAUGAAAUAAACGAUGAAGAUAAAGAAUUCCCAAGGGGGGCGGAGGAGAGGAACUGGGCAGAGCUUCCCUGUGAUGUUCUUUUUGUAAUAUUCAAGAAGAUUGCGGCGUUGGAGAUCAUAAGGUCGGCGCAGUUUGUGUGUAGGAUGUGGCGACAUCUAUCGCAUGAACCAGACCUUUGGAGGUGCAUCCAAAUAAAAGUGCCGGGUGAGGACCUGGACAUGAAUGUCGCGAAAUCCAUGGUACUGAUCGCUGUGGACAGGAGUAAAGGAUGCAUGGAGGAGUUUUAUAUGGAGGAGUUUUAUGUGGAGUGCUUUGGGGGCGAGGGCGAUGAACUCUUGAGCUAUAUCUCUGACAGAGCAACCAAGUUGCGACGCCUGCGCUUAAUAUCAAUCAAUAGUAUGUCUGAAAUGGAAUUGGCUCAAGCAGUCAGAAAAUUUUCUCUGUUGGAGGAUUUUGAGAUCUCAUUUUGUUCCUUUUCUGCUGAAGUAAUUGAAUUAGUAGGCCUAGCUUGUCCACAAUUGAAGAGCUUCAGACUUAAUGCAGAAUCAUACAAGGAUCGAUACGACUAUUAUGGCGAUUCACAUGAGAAUUUUGAUGCAGAGGCUUUUGCUAUUGCAACGCACAUGCAAAAGCUGCAGCGUCUUCAGCUUAUUGGAAACAGUCUUACCAAUACUGGUUUGAUCGCCAUACUCAACAGUUGCCCCAAUCUUCAGUACCUUGACAUUCGUGCAUGUUUUAAUGUAAAUGUUGAUGAAAGUUUGAAGGAAAAAUGUGCAAAGAUAAAGGAGUCGAGACUUCCUCAGGAUUCUACUGCUGAUUAUGAGUUCAACGACCUUAUUGUCAGCCAUGAGGCAUUUGAUACGGAUUUUGAUCCUACGCUAUCUGAUACAGAGUAUGAUUUUUAUUUUGAUGACUCUAGUUAUUAUCAUUAUGAUGGAUACUCUGAUAUGAGCUAUGAUGACCUUUUCGAGUUCUGCUAAAUCUUCACCCCCAUUGUUUCAGAAUGAAGCUUUUUUUUUAUAACUUUCUCCUGAGAACUUGGAAAGUUUUUUUGUUUUUGUUUUGGGGUUAUGUUGGAUCUGGUGUUUGUUAGCAAGAAUGGUUUUAGUAAAUAAAUGGAGUUGUUUUGUAUAUUCAGCCAUUACUAUGAAAGGAAAUCUGGUAUGCUUUUUAUGUUUGA